AUGGAGCGCAAGUCGAGAAAACCAGCACCGCCCGCGGCCUCGGCCGCUUCGACGGCUCGCAAGCCAGCAGUGCUCUCUGAGCGCAUCAACACUGCAAUCAACGGCCUCAUCCGCCACUUCGUGCCCGAGGAUCCGAACGAAGAUGAGGCCACAGCACAGAGACGGCAGGAGUACUGCUUCCACCUUGUGCGAUCCACUCUGGAGACGUCCAUGUCUUCUGACCUGGCCACGGAUGUCAACCACACGAUGGACCUGAUCCGCAAGAAGCUGACGGUCGACCGGCCUAACGAUGCGUGGCGGUUCUCACAGCUGUACUCGCGGCUGCUGGCGCUGCCCGUGCUCAACCAGAAGUGGGCCAUCCUGUAUAUGCUCUAUCAGCUGGCCGACUCGACCGGAACCAGCGAUCCGAUGCGACCGCUCCUGCGCCUGAACGAAGAGCAGGCUGCUGCCGAGACACGGCCGCUGUCCUCGCUCGGUCCUCGAUUAGAGCAGGAGGUGUUUGACGAUGCCUUUGCGCGAGGUGGUCUCAAGCGCUUCCCGCCUGACAAGGCACGUCGGGGCCCGGAAGAGGCAGCAGCUGCCGCUGAGAUCGACCCGGCUGUCAUGCUCGGCCCAGCCGCACGGGAUGUUGCGCUCAAGUCGACGCUGCUUGCCGACAGUCCGGCGACGACAGAGCCGAGCGAGACCACGCUGCUGCGCGACCUGCCGUUUACGUUGCAGGGCCUGGACUCGGCCACGAUGGUCUUCCGCAAGGAGGUCCGCCGGGAGGGUCGCAAAGAGAACAGCAAGGAGGUGGCGGUACUAGUGCUUCCGGCGACUCUGCCGGUGCCGAUCGUGUCGCUGCUGCACACGUUGGCAGAGCCGGCGCUGCUGUACCGCGGGCUGGACGAGUUUGUGCGGUCGCCGGCCAAAGGACUGCUGGGACAGAGCCUGCGCGCAGCCAUCAGCACCGAGCUGCGGGCAUAUCUCGGCCUCGUGGCCACGCUGGAGAGCCAGAUCCGACGGGCAUUGGCCACGCUGGACACAGCAGCCCCGCGUAGUGGGAUCGGACGGGCCGGUGUGACGCUCAAGCGCUGUGUGGUGUGGACACGAGAGGCGACGAUGGGGCUGCGGCUGAUGUCGCUCAUUGCCGAGGAGUCGGGCAGCAAGCGAGGCGGACAGCUGAUCUCGCUGAUUCACCGGUUCUCGACGUCGCACGGCGACCCGACCGUAGGCGCGUUUGCCGAACGGCUGCUGGGGCCGGUGGCGCGACCGUUUUAUAACAUCCUACGACGGUGGAUCUAUGACGGCGAGCUAGCCGAUCCAUAUCGCGAGUUCUUUGUGCGCGAGCAAGGGACCGGGGCCGAAGACGCAAAGCGACAGGAGGCAGCACGCGCCAAAGGUCACAGCUCGGUGUGGAACGACAAGUAUGAGAUUGACGCGGCCAUGAUCCCGUCCAUUAUGGCGGCUGAGUUUGCUGAAAAGGUGUUUCUGAUCGGCAAGUCACUCAAUUUCCUGCGUCAUAGCUGCGGCGACGCCCAGUGGGUCGACGACUACAGCAAGGGUGCAUCCAAGGAGCUGCGGUAUGGCGAUACGGCCACGCUGGAGGCCUGGAUCGACGAGGCAUACAAGACGACGAUGCGUCGGCUGAUGCAGCUGCUGACCGACAAGUUCCGACUGUUCGACCACCUGGCCGCGCUGAAAAAAUACGUGCUGCUGGGCCAAGGCGACUUCGUAGCCCUUCUGAUGGAAUCGCUGGCGCCCAACCUCGACCGUCCGGCCACGGCCCAAUACCGUCACACGCUGACGUCGCAGCUGGACCACGCCAUCCAGGGCUCCAACGCGCGCUUCGAGCCGAUCGAGAUUCUGCGCCGUCUGGACGCCCGCAUGCUGCAACAAUCGCACGGCGACACUGGCUGGGACUGCUUCACGCUCGAGUACAAGAUUGGCGCCCCUGUCGACUGUGUCGUUACCGAGUGGGCCAGCAAGCAGUACCUCAAGGUCUUCAACUUCUUGUGGCACGUCAAGCGCGUCGAGUUCGCCCUGGCGUCCACCUGGCACAAGUGCAUGACCGGUGCUCGUGGCGUGCUGCAGACCGACGACGAGGCCGUGCACCAGACCUGGAAGACCACGCGCGGUACCCUGGCCGAGAUGGUCCACUUGGUCGGCCAGCUGCAGUACUACAUCCUGUUCGAGGUCAUCGAGGCCAGCUGGGAGGCCCUGCAGGCUGCCAUUCGCCGCGACGACUGCACUUUGGACGAUCUCAUCACCGCCCACACCGCCUACCUGACUUCCAUCACCCACAAAGGUCUGCUGGGCGUGCGGCGUCGCGCCUAUGUGGAGAUGAAGCAGCAGCAGCAGCAGCAGGCCACCAUGGCCGCCGCCGCAGCCGCAGCUGCUGGUGCUGGCGAAUCUGCUUCGUCUGCUCUCCCACCCUCGGCCGCCGAUCCGUCCGCCGAGGAUGCCAACGGCUUUCCCUCGCAGCUCAAGGAGCUGCUGCGCACCAUGUUGGCCUUUCGCGAUGCCGUCGACGGCCUUUACAGCUGGGCUGUCUCCGACUUUACGCGCCGCCAGGAGGCCGACGUACUUCGUCACCGUCAGACGCCGGCGAGCGCGCGCAUCAACGCCAACAUCAACAUGAACACCAGCCAUGGCGAUGAUUGGGAUGACCCGACGCCACCCGUGCCGCCGGCGCCCACUGUCGAGUCUGAGCUGCCCGCCCUGCAGCAGCGGUUGCUGUCGCUGUCCAAGACGUUCCGCAAGCGCGUCAUCUAUCUGCUGGCCGACUUAGGAUACCAAAAGGACGCCGACCUGCGCUUCCUCGGCGUGGCCAUGAACUUCAACGAUGUGUAUGUGGUGCCGCAGGGGAAGCGGCAUCAGCCGAAGCGGUAG